CUUGCAACAGUAUUAAAAGGCAGCAACAACAGCAGCAGCAGCUCUGCGCAUCAGACAAAUUUCAUUCAGCGAGCAACCGCUCUGAGGACAACAACAGGCUACCUCCUUUCUGCUCCUUGCUGCUGCUCCGCUGUGGAACAAAGAAAAAUAGCAUCCAACAAAGAACCAUUGCAAGCAUCACCGCAAUGGGAGUCUAAACCAGACAGAUUUCAGAAUCAACCCAUUGACUGUUGUCACAAGUUUUGUUUAUUGGCUUGCAAGGAUCAUUUAUUGAACGGCAAAUGGAAAAAUGUCUGUAAGCAGCGGCGUCCAGCCCGCCGUGAUGAUGCCGGUAGGGUGGUCUUUAAUUUCGUCCCUACCGCCCUCUAACUGAGUCGUCAUGUCGCACUAAAAGCCUUCACAGCGCAGCCAGAAUCCUCGCAAAGCUGCACCUCCUUAUCCAGUCUUACCAUGGCGACGACAGACAGUGACGAAACCGGCAGCGAGCUCUCAGAAUCUCUAGAGAUCCUCCAACUCCAGGACCAGUACGUGGACUCGGAAAGCUGCUUUAAGUCGAAGAGCUUACCCAUCCUGAAUGGACCCUGUCAGACAGACUGCAAGGAUGUUCGCUUGCUUGACGUGGAAGAGAGCCGCGAACUUCAGCCUAAGUCCCCAGAAUCGCCCUCGUCCAGGACCGACUUCUCGCCUUCUGCGUCUAGUAUGGUGGGCCUCAGCAGUUCCCUACCUGUGGACCCCCAUAGAUCAAACGGGGGUAAGAAAGUAGGCUUCUCCCUCUCCCGCCUUAUCCACGUUCCGGCUCGGAAGUGCGUGCACAUCAUCCUCCGAGACUCUCGCUGCUUCCUGUUCUGCAUGUGCUACCUGACCUUUAUUCAGUCCCUGAUGGUUUCUGGCUACCUGAGUAGCGUAAUUACCACCAUUGAGAAACGUUACAGCCUUCGCAGCUCCGAAUCAGGCCUGCUGGUCAGCUGCUUUGAUAUCGGAAGCCUGCUGGUGGUAGUCUUCAUCUCUUACUUUGGCGGCCGGGGUCAAAGACCGCGUUGGCUAGCUGUCGGCGGGGUGGUCAUCGCCGUCGGUGCGGCGUUGUUCUCCCUGCCCCACUUCAUCUCGCCACCCUACCAGAUUCAGGAGAUGAACUCAACGGCAAGCAACGAAGGACUCUGCCUUGCCAGUAAUGGAAGCGGGCGGGAAGCGGCGGUAGAUUCGGCGUCGUGCCCCCGCGACCACGAAGGCAACGAACACAACCUCUACGUGGCGUUGUUCAUCUGCGCUCAGAUCAUGGUUGGCAUGGGCUCCACGCCUAUCUACACACUCGGGCCCACUUACCUGGAUGACAAUGUGAAGAAGGAGAAUGCCUCUCUCUACCUAGCUGUCAUGUACGUGAUGGGAGCCCUGGGCCCAGCAGCUGGUUACCUGCUGGGCGGCGUCCUCAUCGGCUUCUACGUGGACCCUAAAACCGUGGUCAACAUCGACCAGAGCGACCCUCGCUUCGUCGGCAACUGGUGGAGCGGCUUCUUGCUUUGCGCCAUCGCAAUGCUUUUGGUCAUCUUUCCCAUGUUCGCCUUCCCCAAAAAGCUGCCGCCACGACACAAGAAGAGGAAGAAAAAGGCAGGCUCGUCGCCUGGAAAUCUGUCCAGUGACGACGAAGACGUGAUGAAGGAGAAGUCUGGUGGCAAGGGUCAGAACGUGUCCUCCUCUAUGGGUUUCGGGAAGGACAUUAAGGACCUGCCCAAGGCAGCGCUGAGAAUCCUCAGCAACAUGACCUUCCUGUUCGUCAGCCUGUCCUAUACCGCCGAGUGCGCCAUCGUCACCGCUUUCAUCACCUUCAUACCCAAGUUCAUCGAAUCGCAGUUUGGCAUCCCCGCUUCCAACGCCAGCAUAUACACAGGUUUAAUCAUUGUGCCAAGCGCAGGCGUGGGUAUCGUGCUAGGCGGCUACAUCAUCAAGAAGCUAAAGCUAGGUGCUCGCGAGUCGGCCAAGCUAGCAAUGAUCUGCAGCGGCGUGUCGCUGCUCUGUUUUUCUACGCUCUUCAUCGUGGGAUGCGAGAGCAUCAAUCUUGGAGGCAUCAACAUACCUUACACCACUGGCCCGACAUUGACGCUGACGCACAGAAAUCUGACGGGAAGUUGCAACGUCAAUUGCGGCUGCCGCAUCCACGAGUACGCACCCGUGUGUGGAUCGGACGGCAUCACCUACUUCAACCCCUGCUUGGCCGGAUGCAGCGCUGUGGGCAACGACAGCACCGGGAUGCGGAACUACACGGAGUGCAGCUGCGUGCAGAGCCGUCAGGUGAUCACGCCACAGUCGAGCGGCGGACCCGUCAAUCAGCUGCAGCUGGUCAUCGUCAAGACGUACCUGAACGAGAAUGGCUUCGCCACCUCGGGAAAGUGCGACCGCACGUGCAACACGCUCAUCCCCUUUCUCGUCUUCCUCUUCAUCGUCACCCUCAUCACCGCUUGCGCGCAACCCUCCGCCAUCAUCGUCACGCUCAGGUCUGUGGAUGAAGAAGAGAGGCCUUUUGCUCUGGGCAUGCAGUUUGUCCUUCUCAGAACUCUUGCGUACAUCCCAACACCGAUCUACUUCGGGGCAGUGAUCGACACCACGUGCAUGCUGUGGCAGCAGGACUGCGGUGUGCACGGCUCGUGCUGGGAGUACGACGUCACCGCUUUCCGCUUCGUCUACUUCGGACUGGCCGCCAGCCUCAAAUUUGUGGGUUUUAUCUUCAUCUUCCUCACGUGGUACUCCAUCAAGCACAAGGAGGAGCGGCCGGAACGUUGGCGCGCCAGCCCUCGGCCGCCGCUACCCCCGCCGCCCUUGCUCCUAGGCACCGUCAGCGAGCUGGUGGGCCACGCUGGCGGCCGCAAAAGCCACGCACGCACGCGAUCCUGCCCCGUUUUCAUUCCGCCGGCAAGACCCGAGGCGCCCGCCGCCGCCGCCACGCUGCUGCUCUGCCACGGUAGCCUCAAAGCAUUGACGCCAAGACACUCCGCCCAUGUUUGAACCUUGCGAAAACUUCUUCUCUACAAGGGCUGACUGACAUGCCGCCAUCUUGGUGCUAACUCAUGUCACACUCAAAGCACAAACUGUCUUCUAUGCAAGAUUACCAGUCUGUCUUCACCUUCAACGAAACUACUGUCUGUCCCAAAGAUGUGAUCCAAAAGCGGCCAGAAAUAACACUCGGGAACAAUUUCGAAAAACAAAUUUUGUCAACAGAAUUAUUUUUCAAAUUGUUUCCCAGUGUAAUGUAAUAGAACAACAUGUAUCUCAAGGCGCUACUGUACAGCUCUAACUGGACGUCCACUUCCAUGCCUUUCUGUGUGACUCUUCCAGUCUCUGGAUAUCGCUGUUGCAGCCUGGUGAUGACACUGACAGUUGGACACGUGCAUAGAUAAAUUGACUGAAUGUGAACAAACCUCAAAAAUUUUCAGCCCCCAAAAAUGUGCAAAAAUACAUCAACAUAAUGAUCUUUUGUACAUAAGCAUAAUGGUUACCACGUUGACUAGAAAUCAAAUAAGAAAAUAGUGUUUUGCUACAAUUUGAUUUUUUAAAUAAUAUAUAGUAUUGCUGCAAAUUUUAAAUUGGUCUAUUAAAAGUUGUUUUAAUUUCACCCUGGUGCAUUCAAACGAUCAUCCUGUAAAUAUUGAUGAUUAUCAUUGAUAAGUGCAAAUAGUGUAGAGUAGUUGAAGCAUACAGUAUUUAUGAACUAAUAUUUCAAGACAAAAAUACAAAAUUGAGUUGUCUUUCUCAGUGCCUGAACAGUAUUAUUGUCAAGUUCAGCAGUCAGGACUACACUUCCCACAAUGCACUUCUUUCCCCUCUCAGUGAUUAUUAUUAUUAUUUUUUUUCUUUUUUAAAUGUUUUUGUUACAGUUUUGUAAAAACAUUUGUAGCAACAGGAGCUUAGAUAGAGCGGACCUCAUGAUGAUGACGAUGAAUAUUAUUGUUGUUCAAAUAAUUCCCUGUUGGGAAGCAGUACAGUAGUCCGAAAAGCUCUUAAUUGCGUCGUUGGUGUUCCUCAGGAGCAGAAGUGUCAUGUCAAUGUUCAUCUUUUCUUUUCUUUGUGGACAUUUGAUUUCCAAAUGACUUGAAGACAUUCACGUUUGUCAUUAAAAAGUUAAAAAAAAAAAAAAAA